AUGGCACCCAAGGAGCGUCAUUACUUGACCUCGCCAUCCCUCAUCGCAAACAAACGAACCCGUGGACAGCCAUGUACGCCGCCCGCGACCGAAGCUCGUUCAUCACGUGACGUGAUGAACGGCGGCAUCGACCAAGGCCCGCUGAUUGCCGGGUUGAUCACUUUUCCCGCCUGCAUUCACGUCAUAGAUGCCGAAGGUCGAACGGCGCUGGAUGUGGGCAAGAACUUGAAAACGACCGUGGCGACGGAUAUGAAUCAAAGCGUGGCCGUCGUCCAGGAGUGCGGUCGAACGUUGUUGGCGAUGGCCGCGAUGCGAGGAAAUGUCGAGAUCGUGCAGGAAGCUCUUGACCACGGUGCUAAAGUCAACGCUCCAGACGACAUGGGCAACUCUCCGUUGCACUUGGCCGUCAUGAACGGGAUGGUGAGGGUCGUGCGACGCUUGGCGUCUCUACCCAAGUGCCAACUCUCGACUCGAACGGUUGAGAAGCGAGGAGGGGGGGAUGACUUGGCGCUGUGGAUAAAGGCCAACCACGAGCGACCAUUCCUCCAACAUCUGGUCAGAAGUCUUGGGGGGUGCUCGCGUGCAACUUGCUUAAAGUUCCUGGCUUCUCUUGCCAAGAUCGACGUUGACAGCAAGAAAACAUCGCACAGGUUCCACCUGAUCCUCGACAACCACGAAAAGUUCCAGAAGGAUUCUGUGUAUUUGGAUGGUGUUGACCGACGGUAG